UCUCAGUUCUCAAUCCAACCGCAUCUGAAAAAACAUAAAAACAUCUUCAAAAUCUCUUCCCCUUUUAUUUCUCUGCUGACACAUCUUCAAAUCUCCCUUUGACCGCCGUGAACUGUCUCUCUCCCCCUCUCUCUCUCCUCUGCAAAAUAAAUAUAUAAAUACAAAUAAAUAUAUAUAAUUUGGUUUUCCAGUUUUUUUUUUUUGGGUUUUCUCCCAUCAUCAUCCUUGGCCUUUUCGCCGUUCUUGCAGAGAAAGGCUCUACCCGUGUUGUGAGAUAAAGAAGAGAGAGAGAGAGAGAGAGAGAGAGAGAGAGAGUGAUCCCUUUCUUAUUUCACUUUUGGUUCUCUCUGGCACUGCAAAAGCUUCACACAUCGUGGAUUGGAUUGAUUAAAUACAUAUCUUUUUCUGUUUAAGUGCAUCGCUUAUCUCCCUCUUCAUAAUUUAACUCCCUCUCUCUCCCUAUCUGCGCACGCCCUAUCCGUCUGUUCGAAGUUCCAAAAAGCUCUGAUCCGACGGCCACGAUCUUCUCGUCCUUCACUCGUACUACCACUUCCUCUUUAUUUCUCUACUGAACAAGUAGGCAUCCUUGUACUCAAGGCUGAUGGAGCCUAAUGGUCAUAGGAGAGUAAGGAGAAAGGAUGUCCUAGAAAAUGGUGACAUGAGUCAGUCAAAUUCAGGUGAUGAGCUGGAUCCAUGGACUGCGUGGGCUUACAAACCUCGGACCAUUUCAAUGUUGCUUAUUGGCGCAUGCUUCCUUAUUUGGGUAAGUGGAUCCCUAGACCCAGAAAGCAGUGCAUCUGGAGAUGUUGUUACAUCUGUAAAAAGGGGUGUAUGGGCGAUGAUUGCAGUUUUUCUUGCUUAUUGCUUGCUGCAAGCCCCAUCUACAGUGCUUAUCAGACCACAUCCAGCAAUUUGGCGCUUGGUUCAUGGAAUGGCUGUUGUUUACCUAGUUUCUCUCACAUUUUUGCUUUUCCAGAAGCGUGAUGAUGCUCGGCAGUUUAUGAAGUUUCUCCAUCCAGAUCUUGGUGUUGAACUUCCAGAAAAAUCUUAUGGUGCUGAUUGUCGCAUAUAUUUGCCUGAAAAUCCUACUAGCAGGUUUAAGAAUGUUUAUGAAACUCUUUUUGAUGAAUUUGUUGUGGCUCAUAUAGUUGGAUGGUGGGGAAAGGCUAUACUGAUCCGUAAUCAACCCCUUCUGUGGGUGCUUUCGAUCGGAUUUGAGUUGAUGGAGUUUACCUUCCGCCAUAUGUUACCAAACUUCAAUGAAUGCUGGUGGGAUAGUAUCAUUCUUGACAUUUUGAUCUGCAACUGGUUUGGUAUCUGGGCAGGAAUGCAUACGGUCAGGUACUUUGAUGGAAAAACAUACAAGUGGGUUGGUCUGAGCCGUCAGCCGAAUAUUAUUGGAAAAGUCAAACGAACACUGGGGCAGUUUACACCGGCUCAGUGGGACAAGGACGAGUGGCAUCCCUUGCUUGAUCCAUGGCGUUUCAUUCAAGUCCUCACUCUUUGCAUUAUAUUCAUGACUGUAGAGCUUAAUACAUUCUUUCUUAAGUUCUGUCUAUGGGUUCCUCCCCGGAACCCCUUGAUCGUUUAUAGGUUAAUCCUGUGGUGGCUAAUUGCAAUUCCGACAAUUCGCGAGUACAAUUCAUACCUUCAAGAUCGUAAACCAGUGAAGAAAGUAGGGGCAUUUUGUUGGCUUUCUGUAGCUAUUUGCAUUAUUGAACUUCUCAUUUGCAUCAAGUUUGGACACGGAUUAUAUCCUAAACCAAUGCCAUUGUGGCUGGUAACGUUUUGGGCAUCCGCCGGAGCGGCCCUCGUAAUAUUUUUGAUAAUCUGGUCAUGGCAACUGCAUCAAAGUAUACGGCGAAAGAGGCAAUGAAUUUACAAUUGUGUACAUCAUUCUUUGAUUUGCUGCGUCGUCUCAAAGGGUUUCGAUAUCGAUGCGUGUUGUAAAUAUUUAUCAGCUUUUUAUUAAAUUUGUACAUCCAUCCUGAUUUUCUUAUAGAUUAGCGGAUCACAGUUCCUUGAGUAGAGAAUAUUCAUUCUUUUCUUGCUAGGCAGCUCGGGAAAUUACUGGUUUGCCCCCAUUACUGGCAGAUUUUUUAGAGGAUGAGCCUUGCUCAA